AUGAGUUUUCAGAGAAUGGGAAUUAGUGAAAAUAGAAACACUGAUAAUACUUUGCACAUCUCUAAAAAGGAGAAAAAAGAAGCUAAGGGGAAGUGCAUUGUGUAAUAGUACUUUCAAAAAAGUUAGACCAAAAAUAAGAGUUUAUAUGAAGACUCAUUAACUAUAAAUGGCAUAGAAUAAUUUGAAAAUUAUAAAAAGAUGGUGAAGCUUGAGUAGAAGAGGGAAUCAGCCAUUGGCAUUUCGAGAAUCCUUUUUAAAGAAUCCUUAAGAUAGAGAUUUGAGAGACUCUAAAAUAUCAAAACCAUUUAGUAAUUGGUGGCUAUUCCCAAAUACUAAUAAUUUUGUAAGAUGUUCUUCAAUUUAAACACCAUCUUAGUUAAUUAGACUUUAGCCUUUUAAGAAAUAGUUAUUUAAUUUAAAUAGGAUUAUUAAAUAGAAUUUAAAGUUCAAUAUUUACAGUAAUUCCUAUCUAUUUGGAAUGAUGCUUUUCGUUUAGUUUGGAAAUAUUACUAAAAUGAGAAGCUUAGUUUAGAAGUGGGCAUAAAAGAUUAGUAAUUUCAUUAAAAUGAUGAUAAGAACAUUAUUUUUCAAUAGAAAUUACUUGAUUAUAUCCAAAUCAAAGGAGAAUGUAUAGAUUUAUACCCUCUUCCAAAUAUGGAGAAUAUUUAGUAAGACAUAAAAAACUAAGAUUAAGAGUCACAUUCUACUCACACAAUCAUGAGAGAUUAAUAACAUUCAUAAAGUAACAACUAAUUAAAAUAAAUUGCUAUUGAAUUAUAACAAUACUUUCAUCUUCGAGAUGUAUCCAAUAUGUAUUUGAUCAAUAUUGAGAAAUAUCUGAUCAAAAAGUCAAAUGAUUUGAAUUCCAAUAAUGGAAUUUUAACAAUUAUAAAUAAUUUGAUAUCCAGAUAUCCUGAAUGGAUUACCAUAGUUUAAGGAUAAACAGACAAAAUAGUCAGAAUCAAUAGAGCUAUUGACAUUAAACAAUUAAUGCUGGAGUAUGAAUGUCUGGAUUGCAAUUGA